GAUGCAGAUAUAACAGCCCCAGACAGAGAGAGGCUCGACACACAAAUGUGAAAUCAGGGUCAUCUGCGCGUAUCAAGAGAUCGGAUUGGUUGGAUAAGAAAUAUUUCUCUUCCUUGGACCUCUUUACAGUUUAUUUUCCACUGGAGCUUCAGAGGAAACCGCACAUCUCAUCUGAAAGUCACUUCUGCAUAGGAAUCUUCUGCGUAAUGGUGAUCUCCAAAGGACACUGACUAUCCAGAGCCCUGAAAAUUAAUUUGUUUUUACUACCUCCUUCAUAUAAAAACAAAAAUGCAGGUCAUUGUGUUUGUUUCAGUAGCUUUGAUUUACAUCAAGGCUGUCGUCGCGGAUCCUAAAGCCAAGUGUCCGGAGCGCUGUGAUGUGAGUACGUGUCCGAGCCCGAGCUGUCCGAGCGGGUAUGUUCCUGACCGCUGUAACUGCUGUUUGGUGUGCGCGCAGGGAGAGGGGGAGCCCUGCGGCAGAAAGGACGAUCUGCCCUGCGGAGACGGACUAGAGUGCAAGCACCCUUCUGGAAAGAGACUGUCUAAAGGCGUGUGUCAAUGCAGAUACAGUAGUAAAGUGUGCGGUAGUGAUGGAAACACAUAUGGUAACAUCUGCCAGCUGAAAGCCAUAAGCAGGAAAGCUCUGCAACAGGGUCUGCCCGGAGUCACUAACGUGCAUAAAGGACCCUGUAAAAGCAAUCAAGGUCCCACACACCCCAACAGCCCAAGGAACAAAUUCAACUUCAUUGCUGACGUGGUGGAGAAGAUCGCUCCUGCUGUGGUGCACAUUGAGCUGUUCCUAAACCACCCCCUCUUCGGCCGGACAGUUCCACUGUCUAGUGGAUCUGGUUUUGUAAUGUCAGAGACCGGGCUGAUCGUGACCAAUGCCCAUGUGGUUUCCAGCACUACACCCGUUUCGGGUCAUCAGCGACUCAAAGUACAGAUGCGUGAUGGAGAUGUGUACGAAGCCACGAUAAAAGACAUCGACAAGAAGUCUGACAUCGCCACUAUUAAGAUUAACCCACAGAAAAAGUUGCCUGUUUUAUUACUGGGUCACUCUGCAGACCUGCGCCCUGGUGAGUUUGUGGUGGCUAUUGGCAGCCCUUUUGCCCUGCAGAACACAGUGACGACAGGAAUUGUAAGCACAGCACAGAGAGAUGGAAAAGAACUGGGUCUUCGUGACUCAGACAUGGACUACAUCCAGACUGACGCCAUCAUCAACUAUGGAAACUCAGGUGGACCACUAGUCAAUUUGGAUGGAGAGGUGAUAGGAAUCAACACACUGAAGGUAGCUGCAGGAAUCUCCUUUGCCAUUCCUUCAGACAGAAUUACCCGCUUCUUAAAUGAUUCCCUGGGAAAGCAAAACAAAGAGACAAGAUCCGUGAAAAAGCGUUUCAUUGGAAUUCGAAUGCUCACCAUCACAGAAGCUCUCGUGGAGGAACUGAGGCAACAGAAUCCAGACUUCCCUGAUGUCAGCAGUGGGAUCUAUGUUCAUGAGGUGGUUCCUCACUCCCCUGCUCAGAAAGGGGGAAUCAAAGACGGUGACAUCAUCGUUAAGUUGAAUGGAGAGCCACUGAUGAGCACCAGUGACCUGAAGGAAGCUCUUGACAAAGACACCACACUGCUGCUGGAGGUGCGCCGUGGCAACGAUGACCUGCUCUUCAACAUUGAGCCUGACAUCAUCAUGCAGUGACAAUUUACUUAGAAUGUAAACAAUGCAAUUGAACAAAAGACAUUGGUAUGUGCAGUCAUGGCCAAAGAGAUUUUUAAUGGAGCAUGUAAAACAACAAGGACCUCUUUUACAAGCAGAGAAAUCUCACCUUGAGCUUUUAAAAAUCUCAGUCAUGUCAAGCCUGCCUAAGAAGGUUUAUAUGAAAGGCAUUUCGUAUUAGCUUUGAUGCAGGUUUGAAGGGGAGAAUGAUUUAAUUUGUGGCUAAAUAUAAAAAAUUGCAAUACUGUAUUUUGUAGAAUAAGACAAUGCUGGUGAUAUUUUUAAAGUUUCUGCUUUUGUGCCAGAAACAGACAAUCCACAAUGAAAUGUUAAGCAGGAAAAGUGAUAAAUGAUAUUGUUAAAAGAUAUAAGGAUUAAUAUUAUAAAAAUAAGUCCUUUUGAAGUGAAUAUGAUGAUUCAGUUAUAAUGGGAGUUCUCUUUGUUCCUGAAACUAUAAAUGUUGAUAGCUCAACAUUUAUUGCUGAAUCUGCAUUGUGGCACCAGUGGCAAGAAUCAAUUGCUGUGCAAGGUGUUUUAAAGUUUGUAUAUAAAAAAACUGUCAUAAAGAAUGACAUUUUGAUAUGAUUAUCAAAUGUUAUGUGCUCUUUUACGUCUAUCAGCCACAACAUUAAAACUAUCUAUGCAAUACUGUGUAGGUCCCCCGCAUCUCGGAAGAGCAUUGUGAGAUGAUAUUCUUCUCAACACAAUUGUA